AUGUGCAUCAAUGAUGUGAUCAACACCAUUGAAUUCUAUAAAAAGUCUGGCAAUCAAGUGGUUGGAGUGUGUAUUGACAUCGAGAAGGCGUAUGAUUAUACGAACAUAAAUCAAUUGGCGGUAGUAAUGUUUCGGAAAGGGUAUAAUCCACACAUAAUCAAAUGGAUUGUGGACAGUAUGAAACGCAGGCAAUUGGAGUUGGGUAAGAGUAGAAGAAUUGUAGUGAAUGGUCUUCCUCAAGGAAGUGGUCUCAGCCCGUUGCUCUUUAAUAUCUACACGUCUUCCUUGCAUGACAUCAAUUCCAGUAACAUCGACAUCUUUCAGUUUGCGGAUGAUUUUUUCUUGGUUUGCCACGACAAAAGCUUCCAAAAGGCAAGUGAAAUUCUGACUGAAAGUAUUAGCCGCUUCCACGAGGACUGUAAGGGGCUAGGUCUGGGUUUUAAUAUGAACAAAAUUAACACUGUUCACUUUUCAAGAAGGCCUAAACAAAUGAAUAUAUGCAUUAAUGGUAUUUCAGUCAAACAGGUGGCAAACAUCAAAUAUCUGGGUCUCGUCAUUUCUGCUGGCGGCUCUUCUAAGAUACACAUCGACGAAGCUACUUCAUCGACAGAUAAAGUUAAUAACUUCCUUCACAUUUUAAGUGGAUGCAGCUUUGGAAUUUCCCCAGCCAAAGCCAUGCAUUUUUACAAGGCGUUUGCCAGAGCAAAACUGGAGUAUGGAGCAUCUGCAUUAUCCAAUCUAACAAAAGCAUCUGCUAGUAAAAUCAAAACUAGUACGCACAAGUUUUUACGUAGGGCGCUGGGUCUUAUCCGUUCCACACCUGUACCCAUUUUAUAUCAGCUUGCGUGUGAAUUACCCCCAAAAUACAGAUUUGAGCUGGCAACAGCCAAGGAGUUAGUCAAAGCCAAGGCCUUUGGAUUGCCAAGUCUGGAGAAUAUCAGGCGUAUGCAGAGCAGAACAACUAGUUAUACGAUAGUGUUUGACAAGUAUCUGCAAAUUGUGGAAAAUGUUGCAACGACACGAAUUAUGCCCGUUGCAAGUAAGCGUAUUUCAAGUGAUGUGGAUUUCUUUGAGGGCGCAGGCUCUAGAAAAAGAGGUGUAAGCGAGGAGGUGGUGAAACAAUUUUUUCGAAAGAAAAUAAGCAAGAUUCAGGAGUCUGGCAUAGACAUUUUUUUCACAGACGGUUCGGUGAAAGAUGAUGUAUCCGGUGCAGCUUUUUUACAUCUAAACAGUAAUACUACUGAAGCAUUCUGGGUCAGUGGGAGGUGGUCAUCUAUGUCGGCGGAAGUUCUAGCUUUUCGCCAAGUCGCUAUAUUUGCAAAGGAACGGAACUUAAAGAACAUUGCUAUAUUGACUGACAGUCUAAGUGGUAUUGCGGCAGUAGAAUCCACACAGCACAAAAACUAUUUGAUAAAUGAAUUUAUUGAUAUCAUCAAUACAGCGGGUAUAGAAACUCAGUUCCAUUACAUCCCUGGUCACGCAGGGAUUGGUCCCAAUGAGCUGGUGGACCAGGCAGCAAAGAACGCACCAGUAAAUGACACUUGCCUGAACUUAAUGUGGCCAAUAAAGGAUGCUAUUUGCAGAAUUCAAGAGUCAGUAUGGGCAGAAUGGGCUGAUGAAUGCAAAUCCAUAGCUGAACGGAACUCCUCUCAUUUUUUAUAA